AUGAAUAAGAAUAAUAGAAAUGAAGAAUUAUUAAGAGAAUAAUAUUGCAAGACUUAAGCAGAAAGAAUUCUAGAUUAACAACUAUUUAAAAAGACUAAAGUAAUUAAAUGUAUUAAUUUAGGGUUAACAAUUACAUUAAAUGGAAAAAUAAAUAUAUGGUGAUUAAAAUAAAAAAGUAAAAACUCAAGAAAUUCAACAAAAAGAAUAAAUGAGUUGUUAAUAAGCAAUGAGUUGUGUUUUAAAAUAUCUCAAUAAUGAGAAUAAAAUAUUAACUGCUUUGAAUAAAAUUAAGUUAUUAAUUAAGGAAUUUUAAAACAAAUUUUAUGAUUACCAUAUACUUUAAAUUCUUUAUUGUUUAUCAACAACAAAGUACAAAUUUAAAUAACAUGAAUGUGAUUAAUUGGUAAUUGAAAUCUUUGAUAUUUGUAAUAUGUCCAAAUACAUUUAAACAAUUGAUAUAUUAAGAAUAUAAUUGAAUAUCAAAAUCAAACUCUAAACUGAUGAUACAUACUAAUUUAACAAUGUACUAAAAGAAUUAAAGAAAAUAAUUGAUGAUUUAAAAGUUCAUUAAGAAAUAUAACCUAUAGAUAUUGUAUUACAAAACACAGAGUAAUAAAUUGAUGUAUAUGAAUAUGAAAUCCUACCUGAUUUUGAAUAAUUUAUAGUAAUUAUAUCUAUUUAUAAUAGAAUAAUAGAGAAUUUUAAAUGAUAAAAAAGUAAGAGUUUAUAAUGAAUUGUUUGGAAGUAUUGAUUGAUCAAUUCAAAUAUUAAUGGGCAAAAACAAGUAUUCACACAUUUAUUUAGAAUUUAAAUUUUAAUCAAAAGUAUUGAAAUUAUUAAAUUUAAUUAGAUAGAAUUUUGAUGGAUAGUUUAAAACUUAAAUUGAUGAAAUAAUAAGUAAAAUUUAGAAUGCUAAAAUUCUUUAUACUGCUAGUAAUGAGAGGGAAAAUGCUUAAAGUGCAAAAUUAAUGUAAGAUUAUAUGAAACCAAUUCAUGAUGUUGUAGACAGUCGAGCAAUUGUAAACACAGGAGAUGGUUUGGAUUAAUGGGGUUUGAAAUAAACAGGAUUAUGAUUAUAAUUGAG